GUUGCAGAUGACGUAAGUCACACAUCUUGUAUAUGGAAUACUUGUUUGUAUGGCAGAGCACCGAAAAGUUCACAAGCCAGAGAUCUUGACAGCGGAGUGGAGAUUGCCAUCGCUACUCCAGGAAGAUUGCUAGAUUUUCUUGACUCUGUCUGGACGAACUUGAAGAGGUGUACAUAUUUAGAGUUGGAUGAGGCUGAUCGUAUAUAGGACAUGGGUUUUGAACGUCAAAUACAAAAAAUAAUUGAACAAAUUAGACCUGACAGGCAGACACUCAUGUGGUCUGUGACUUGAGUAAAGGAGGUUAACAAUUUAGCUGAAGAUUUUCUUAAAGACUACGCUCAGAUUAAUGUUAGAUCGUUUCAGUUGUCAGCUAAUCAAAAUAAUUUAAAAAUUAUUGACGUUUGCCAGGACUAUAAAAAAGAAGCAAAACUGAAUACGCAAUUGAAAAAAAAAAUGUGUGAAAGCAAAAAUAAAACGAUUGUAUUCAUUGUAACAAAACGUAGAGUAGACAAAAUAACGAGAACAAUGAAACGUGAAGAAUGGUCAACUGUAUGCAUUCAUGGUGAUAAAACUCAACAAGAACGUGAUUGGGUUUUACAAGACGUUGAAGGCGUGAAGUUAGUGAUAAACUUCAACUACCCAUCUUGUUCAGAAGAUUAUGUUCAUCGUAUCUGUCGUAGAGGCCGUCGUCAAAAAACCGAAACGGCUUAUACAUUUUUUACACCCAAUAACUCGAAUAAAUAUAAUGACCUAAUUCAAGUAUUAAAGGAGGCUAAUCAGGUUAUUAAUCCAAAACUAUUACAGCUUAUAGAUAGUCGCGCUGGAAUGUUUAGACAACAAAAAGGUAAUAUCUAAAUAUAAUUAUUCAGGGGAGAGG